AUGUCGAACCCCGAACAUACCUUGGGCGUGACGCCUCCUAUCUCGACCGCGCUACCUACCGACGCCGAGAAGCGACAGACCGAGGCCCUUCUCAAAGAGCUGCGCGCGCAGGGCACGUUCGAAAGUCAGGCCGAAACUGAUAAGCGAUGGGCGGUGCUCGCUGAUCUCCAGCGCAUUACUGAUGAAUUCGUGAAGAGGGCUGCACAGGAAAAGGAGCCGCACAAUGCCAUUCUGAUUCGCGACGCUCGAGGCAGAAUCUUCACAUAUGGCAGUUUUCGCUUGGGUGUGUAUGGGCCAGGAUCCGAUAUCGAUACCCUCGUCGUUGUACCCAAGUACGUCACCGUCAAACAAUACUUCGACAUCUUUCCCAACCUUCUUGUCGAAAUGGCUCCCCCUGGCGCCAUCACCGACCUGACUCCAGUACCCGAGGCCUUCGUUCCUAUCAUCAAGUUCGAGUAUUCGGGCAUCAGCAUAGAUCUUAUCUUCUGUUCAAUUCAGAGCCUUCGUCAACUUCCUGACGACAAGGACUGGAAUUUGAACAGUAACAACCUCCUGCGCGGCUUGUCCGAAAACGAGGUGCGCUCGCUCAACGGAACACGCGUAACCGACGAGAUCCUUGCGCUGGUCCCCGAAGAGAAGACGUUCAAGCUGGCACUUCGUGCAAUCAAGCUCUGGGCUCAGAGAAGGGCUAUCUACGCCAAUAUCAUGGGUUAUCCUGGUGGUGUGGCUUGGGCUAUGCUGGUCGCCAGAGUAUGCCAACUCUAUCCGAAGGCGACGAGUGCUGUGAUCGUCAGGAAGUUCUUCACCAUUAUGCUCAACUGGCCAUGGCCGCUCCCGGUUCUUCUGAAGAAUAUCGAAUACAACCAGUCCAUUACGCGUGUAGCGGUGUGGAAUCCCAAGAUAUACCCGAGUGAUCGCAAUCACAAGAUGCCCAUCAUCACCCCAUCAUACCCUUCCAUGUGCGCGACACACAAUGUUGGGAGGUCUUCAAUGGCGGUAAUUCAGCAGGAGCUGGAACGGGGGGUGCAGAUUUCUGAAGAGAUCAUGUUGGGUAAAAGGCCUUGGAAAGAUUUGUUCGAGAAACACACCUUUUUCACCAACGGCUUCAAGUUUUACCUGACGGUCAUCUCAUCCGGCAGGACGAAAGAGGCGCAGAAUACCUGGUCGGGCUUCGUCGAGUCAAGAGUGCGUGUUCUGGUCCAGAAGCUUGAGCUGCACCCUUCCAUCGCCCUUGCCCGCCCCUUCAACAAAGGUUACGACAGAGUGCACCGAUGCAAGACGGAUGCUCAGGUCGAAGAGAUUCAAACCGGAAACCUCACAUACAUGGUCAAGCCGACGGAUACAGCCGCGAAUGGGAACGCCAAGAACGACAGCAAGGUUGAGAUCAAGGCGGAGAUCAAGACGGAGGAUGGUGUUGCACCGGAGCCGGCUGUGCCGGUUGUCAAGGAAGAACCGAACGACGUAGUACAUCUAGGAACGGUACCUCUAAAGCCUGAGGACAACUCUGUAAAGCCUGAGGCCAACGACUACGACGAAGACAAGGUUAAGCUGGAGGAUAUACCGGAGAAGGAGCCGGAGCUUGAGAUUUACACCACUAACCAUUACAUCGGCCUGCAGCUGGUAGAGGGAGCUAAGUCUCUGGAUCUGUCCAGAGAAGUCGACGACUUCAAGGCAAUGUGCACUUCGAACGACAUCUUCAAAGCAGAGUUGAUGGGAUUGACUAUCCAGCACGUUAGGAAUUUCGAUCUCCCCGACGACGUUUUCGAGCCUGGAGAGACGAAGCCUGUAAGGCCAGUUAAGAAGAAGAAGCGUAUGGCCGAAGGGGAACAUGCGAACGGCCCGAUGGCCAAGCGACAACAGAUGGCGACCGCGCCACCGACUAUUAAGAGCGAACACUGAUCGAAGGAUGUACAGACGGAUCUUGUUGGCAGCCAUGGACAAAUUAGUUGCUAUGUGCGAGCAGGACCACGCGCGAGGUGUAGAGAAAUGUAUCUAAGAUAGAGUUGCUAAAUCUGCUAGACUAAUAAAUUUAGUUUUUCGGGGCACAAGUGCCCCAUCAACU